AUGAUAGGCAGUUCCAGAAAACCUUCGAGAAGAAUGCCAAGCAGUGAUUUGCUUGAUCCAGAAGCGUCAGACAAAUGGGAGAACUGCCGACCUAGAGCGUCCUUGAUUUUCGGUAUCUUGUUUCCCAUCCCCAUGAUCCAUGAUCAUGAUCAUGACACGAGGAAGUUUUUGGCGAAAACAUCACCACACCAUAUCAUGACGCAUCUUGUUCCCGUGCAGUCUCCAUCACGGUUCAUCCAUGUCUAUGGUUUAAUUUUCUAG